UUCUCAGUGUCUAUCUUGAUCUGUGGAGUGUGAACGAAAUUUCAAAUACACUUCGUUUGCUUUUUAAAGGCAAAUGAAAUUUAUGUAACGGCCCUAGUUUCGUUCUAUGAUCACAUAACCCAACUACACAGGAAGACGGCCUCUACAUUACACAUUAGAAAAACGGAGUGAUGCGAAAAUAAACUUUCAAUUCAAUUUCCAAAAAUAUCGUGUCGUGUAAUUUUUCCAUUUUAAGGCGUUGCAAAAGUGGAAUGUUUGGAACAAUUUUCUAAACUGGGAAGCGUCAGAUCAUAUAUCGACUACAACGACAUAAAAAGGUAAGACUUCAUGCUCUUUGCGAAUGAUUUUUUUGUUCUAUAACCUUUUUGUUUGUUCGUUAAUCACUAAACAGGUGACCGGUUGUAAAAUAAAUGCGUUCUGUCGAAUGGAAGACAUUUGUAGAUUUAUUAUGAUUAUACGGGUCGUCUACAACGGAAGUUUUAUAGAAAAUUUGACAACCAAGAGGAGUUCUUGAACCUUAUUGUCUUCUUUUUUCGACAGUAUUUUGUGAAAAAAAAAUUUGAAUUGGACUGCCUCUGUGCCUAGAUUUCCACUGAACACCAAGAGAGAGAAUCGAAAGUUUGGCAGCCGAAGUAGGUUUAGCUUGGGCUUAGAUUUGACACAAAGCUUUAAAUUUCUUAUUCCUUCAGCAGUGCUUGGCAGUAUGUGUUUAGUGAGUUUAAAAUUUAUCUAGCUAAUUGAUAUUAUCACCGCAUUACUUUUGCUAUAUUGGCAGUACAUUUUCUUGUUCUUUCAAGUUUUUACGUUAAUUCCCCAGAGAAUCUUCAUUCGAGCAGACGUGAUUUCUAAUGACUUGUCUGCGUUAUGUUUUUGGCAGGACUUUAAUCCGAGAUGGCGAAAGGCAGAGUAACAGAAGUGGACAAGGCAAGAGGGACAAUUUCAGAAGAAUCUCCGUCGAAACAGAAUCCCAGUGAGGAUCGACGUUUCUCUCUUAGAAGGAUUUUUGGGCGUUCGAAAAGCUACAAAGGCGAAAACUCGACAGACAAGUUUACAAGAAAAAGCAGUACUGAUUCAUUAGCUGUUUGCCCUGUUUGCUACGCUAUGAGAUCGAAAUCUCUUUUUCCAGAAAUUUCAACAUGUGAACACAGGUCUUGCUUCGAGUGUCUAAGACAGUACAUGACAAUUGAAAUCAAUGAGUCAAGAGUUAAUUUAACUUGUCCGGAAUGCUCAGAACGAUUUCAUCCAAACGACAUAAAGCUAAUUUUGAACAACGAUGCCUUAAUGGCCAAAUAUGAUGAAUUUACUUUACGGAGAACAUUAGUUGCAGACCCUGAUUGCCGAUGGUGUCCUGCCCCAGAUUGCGGCUAUGCUGUCAUUGCAUCUGGGUGUGCAAGCUGUCCAAAAUUGCAAUGUGAACGACCCGGUUGCAACACAGAGUUUUGCUACCACUGUAAGCAAAUCUGGCAUCCUAAUUUGACUUGUGACUCGGCAAGAAUGCGACGUGCCACUCACAUUAAGUCAAUGUCGGGAUCUGAGGGCCGCAAUUCAAAUGGCUCAGAUGACAUGAAGCCAUGUCCUAGAUGUGGCGCUUUUAUUAUCAAAAUGGAUGAUGGCUCAUGUAAUCACAUGACUUGUGCAGUUUGUGGUGCAGAGUUUUGUUGGUUAUGCAUGAAGGAAAUUUCAGAUUUGCAUUACUUAAGGUGAGGCAAUAUACUUAGCUGCAUGUAAAGGAAAAUUUGGAGGCAUUUAAAUAAGAUGCCUUUUUCUCUAAAAAAAAUAUUGCAUGUAUGGUGCCUGCUACUUUGGUUAUCCUAUCUCCUACUACAGAACACUCUGACUGCACCAAAUACAUUAAACUAUGAUACAGACACCUGUUUAGUGCAGACACUUGGGUGUCUGGCAUUGUUAUCUGUUUUAAGGAGGGGGACGUUGGGGGCUAUUCAAUACCUCAAUACCAUGAGAAAAAUUGGCAAAUACCAUGUCAAAAAUUGAUGAAAUACUGAUACCGCAUUUAUGACCAUCUCACCUGUUUGUUUAUCUCAAGCAUGAAUGCACCAGCAAUCAACCUCAGCCAUUGCGUGAAAACGCCAGAAGACCUCAAACUGAUCAGUACAAUGAUAAAAAAGCCCAGGCAUUUGAUGCCCUACCAGUUUCAUCGUAGAUUAUCGGUCAGAAAUUGUGUAAUCAUUUACCGUUUUAUAGUUUUAAGUCUUAAAAAUAUUGACCUGCAUUAGACAGGAGAGAGCAAGUGAACAGUACCGCAAUGAUUCCAUGAAGGGCCUUCUUUUACCGAAUACCAAUACAGCACAUCAAAAUGAGAGUUACCGAUCAGAAAUACUGCUUGGAAAAAAGCUCAAUACUGUUUAACCCCUUCAAGGGAGUGUGACUGUACAGUGGAACAUUUAUAGGCGCGGGAGCCGGGGAUUUUAACCAGCUGUAAGGAGCAUGACCGUUGGCUACUUUAUAGAAAACAGAAAGAAAAUGCAUGUUAGGAUGUAGAACCAAAAGAACUCCCAAGCUGUUCAAUUCCCCUGUCCUAUAAAUUCAGUUCCACCAUCACUUGAACCUUGGGGGAAAAAAACACCUAAACACUCUUCUUUUCCUAAAAUAUGUCUUCAAACUGUGCUCUAAGAUACAGAAGUCAUUCUUUUAUACUUUAUAGCCCAUCUGGUUGCACUUUUUGGGGUAAAAAGCCUUGGAGUCGUAAGAAGAAGAUCCUAUGGCAAAUGGGAACUCUCAUUGGUGCACCCCUUGGUAUUGCCUUGGCUGCAGGAGUGGUACUACCUGCCAUGGUGAUUGGUAUCCCUGUGUAUGUUGGAAGACAGGUAGGGAUUAAGAGCACAGAGUCACAGUUGGCUGACUGAAACAACAGCAUCCCGAAAGACUGACAAAAAUUGCUUGCACCAAAUCUUUUUAGCCAUGGGUUUGGUGUUUGCAAGUGGAUAUUAGGGACUUAAAACAAAUCGCUAUGGCGACCUAUAAUGGUGGUCGUGGAUGCAGAGUCCUGGGGAGAGUACAUUACUUUAAGCAAGCGGCACCCAAACAGUGACCAUGGGGUUUCUCUCUCAUUUGCUUUCGCUGUUAGUAAAAUGCAGGGAAGAUGUAAUCACUGGAAAACCAGAAGCAUCAAAAACUUUCUUGAUAAAGUGAAAAACAACCCAUGAUAGGUUUUAAAACCAGUGAUUGUAAAAAAUAGGAGAAAAAUUGAAUUUUAUACUCACGUGGGAGCAACUACGCCACAAGGCAGGUCUUCAUUUUGUAGGAUUUGGCAUUACACCAAAAGAUCAUGUCCAAGCAUGCACAUUGAGUCAUUUUUUGGCUUUUCUACUUCUGGCCUUCAUAGUAGAGGUCACUAUGGUUAUUUGCUUAAAGUCCUUAUUUUGUCAGUCACAGAUAAUGAUCAGCAAUAUUGCGGGAUGCAGCUAAGGAAAAGUUAAGCAGGCUUUUUCAUUAGUCCAGCCGGCAUUUUUAUUCAACUCCACCUUCAGAAAUUGCAUUUCUUUGUUUCCCAGACCAGUAUGAGAUGAUGGUAAAUUCUUUUUCAGCUGGUGAAAUUAGCCAGCAGCCAGCCCUUAGCCACAUCUGUGAAUUACUGUUGGUCCUAACACAGCAGAUGGGCCAGGGGGUGGAGUAGAGAGUACUGCCAGGUGUUAUUUAUGGGAAAUUGUUUAGUAGUAAUGAAGAUUUAAGUUUCUGGUUUAUAGUCUGGCUUGAUGCCUAGUCAAGAAAGUUAGCAAAGUCAACUGCAGUGUUGCUAAAGAUUAACGGUCCCAGCAGCACACAUAGACCCCAGGGUCCUAAAACUGUGAAUAGCAAUCAACAUUUUUUGCUCCUAACAAUAUCCAUACACUUUCAAGAGAUACUGUAAUGAGAAUCAAUGGAAUGAUCACUAAAGGUAAAAUUUCUUGAUCUUUUGUCAAGUUCUCUCAACUUAUACUUUAAGGAAAUGAAUAGAGACCAGUUUGGAGAAUUUGUAUGUGGAUACUGGGGUUUAAAGGGUUAAACUUUUUCAACAAACUAUGUCUGUCCUCUUUUAGAAUUCAGCCAGGGCAAAACCCAUUCUUGUAUUUGCCAUUUGUUUGACCGCGUGAAUUAAGAAAAAAACAAACAGUCUUCUCUUUGUUUAUUACGCUUUUUUAGCCUUACUUAGUCUUAACAGCCAAGUAUUGCAAUUCACAGGAGGUGACAAGUUUUUGCUUUCAUUGUUUUGACCAUUCACCUGAUGUUUGACAAUUGUUUUCCCAGUUGAAAGUGACUUUUCCAUGUAGGUACCAAGUGGUGACAAAACAAAGAUUUUGGUUGCCUGGUGGCAAAUUCUAGGUCCCAAAAAAUGUCUGCAGAAUUAAUUAUUGUGACUUACAGUAUUGAAAAACAUUAAAAGAUGUUUUUGAUACAGUAAUCAAAUUUCUUUACACAAAAAGUCGUCUUAAAAUGUAAACAUGAUAAUGAAAGAUCUAAAAAGGUAACAACUCAUGAUCAUGCAAUCAAGGAUAGAAGCAUGACAUGUAAUUCCAGAGGGUUGAAAUCAUUUUGAUUGACAAGGAAUUUCACUUGUAAUUAGGUAAAUCGCUGUGAGUUUUAGCAGGUCUCUCCCUCAAAAUACAAGCAUGACACAUAGCUAGUACUUAGUUAUUAGCUGCUGGCUUGUGGCCAUUAAAUGCUCAUAGUAUUAAUAAUUCCUUAAGCAGGGGUUGUAACAUUAACAAGUCAAAAAGCUAGUUGCAUGCUGUCAACCUGUUUUGAAAGUCUGGUCAUCAGCGCUCAAGUUCUACUUGCUGUGGCAUCCAGGAGGGCUCAUUAACAUUAUUAUGGAGCCAGAGUUUGGCCCUGUUCGCACUCUUCAAAGUUUUGUUUGUUUUGCAAAAAAUCUGCUAACAGUGAGCAGAUAAAUUCUAGUGCAAAAUGGUUUUUUUCACCUAUCAAAGAUGCUGUCUAGAAAGUUUGGAGGGGUACAAUGUUUUGUCAGGCAAUGAAAUCCUUUGCUCCUUGACAGCUAUCCUUUGUCUGUUAUCUUAUUUUUCAAACUUGACUAAUAAUAGUUCCUUUAAUUGACGUUGUUGGUUACAUUAAAACUUUUGCGUACCUCAGAUGCAAACAAGGUUACAAAAACAAAAAUUUGGUAACUACACAAGUUUCAAUUUUUUUGCAAAUUCCAAACUCCAUUUUCUGUUGUAGUGCGAACAGGACCUAUGCAGACUGUAUUUUAUGCUAAUACAUGUCAUGGCGCUCAGAAAGUCCCGUCCAAUAUUCUGGGACAAGGAGAUUCUGUGCUGGGCAAGUAGAUGUGCCUUAAAAAAUGUGUAAAAUGUGAGAGCUGUGUGCCCAAAGGACAUGCUGGAAGUCAAGUUUUUUUUUAGCCCUGUCUAUGUUACAUGCAUUUAACCGUUUGCUGCUCAUUAAAAAUUUAAAAUAGAAUUUAAAACCAUUGUAAUUAUUUUCCUGUAGGGAAGCAAAAGGGGUAUGCUUUUCUGAAUACCAGUAACCCAACUUUUUUUUCAUUCAGAUCCAUGACAAGUAUGACAAACCUUAUCAGUCAAGGCGGAAACGUCACUUGGCCAUCACAGGGGCAGUGACAGUGUCAAUCAUAGCAGCACCUAUCCUUGCCGCACUGACAGUUGGGGUUGGGGUGCCAAUUGCUCUAGGUUACAUCUAUGGAGUGGUUCCAAUAUCUCUGUGCCGCAGUGGUGGUUGCGCCACAGUAACCAAUAUCAGAAAUGGUAAAGGAGUGAAUCUUGACUUUGACGAAGAUGGUGAGCCUUCCACAGGGAUGCCAGGGGUUGUAGGAGCAUUUGGUACCUCUCGUUCCAGCAGCAGAAGCAGCAUGCGUGGAGGGGAUAAGGGUUCUACCACUGGAGUUGUGACUGUUGUGGCUACCGUUAACAACAGGGUAGCAGGUAUGUGAAUUAUUAAGCUCAUCCAUUCUCUUUCCACUUUUUCUGUACUGCAGGAAAGAGGGCUGAUGAAUCCACUUUAAGGCAGGGUUCAUACAGAACCUGGAAAGUCAUUAGAUUUGAGAAUUUCAUGUUUCCAGGCCUUGAAAGUCAUGGAAAAUUAAAGUUCUGUUUGGUAGACUAUGUAGUAGAGGCAAGAAAUUAAACAGCACAGAGGGCAAAAGUUUGGUGGACACCAUGGUUCAUGUCUGUUGAAUCGAGUUACGUCAAAAAUGCCCUAAAACAGGGAAAGGUUUGAAAAUUUUGUUAGGAGUAUAAACCCCAUAAGCAUAGGGGCAUUAUCAGUGAUAUUUCUUUGCUGAGCUGCAAAAUUAACAUGGGGCUUCUGCAGAGCACAUGUAGUGCAUGACCCAGCUUAACUCCAUAAAAUUCUUCCAAAGGCUUCCAAAUUGAAAGUGCAGUUGCUUUUUAUUAACAACCAAGGGACACUUGCACAGUGUUCGUCUGAAUCUGUGAACACUUUGAGCCCGUACAGCNUUUCUUACCCUCCAAUGUAACAUUUCUCAUUUUUCUUUUGGUUCUUUUAACACUUUAGUCCCGGACAGCCUUAAUGUGUUGUUUUUUUUUUGGCUUCAAAGUGGGCGUGCGAGACAUAUAUAAAUUUGUUGUUCUUCCUGGUAAUUGCUAACGCGCGCUUUUUAUAUUUUGUUGGUACGAGUGUUCACAUGUUGUGUUUUUUUUUUUUUUUAUGUUGUAACCCCUUUUAUAAUCCUGAGGUGAAGGCUGUUAAAUGCAGCCAAAAUAUAGGUUCACCGUGUUAAGAAACAUCUGGUGUCCUCAUUUGUGAUGGAUAUAUUAUUAUGUUAUUUAAUUAUUAUUAUUUUAUCAAUAACUGCUUUAUUUGUUCAUUAUAAGGUGACUGUUACAUAUAGUUGUCCCAAAUUGCUCUUGAUUUUUUUACUGAUUUUGUCUUCUGUUUCUCUUAUAGACACGGAAAGUGGCAAACAACCCAGUAUUAGUAUGAGUCAGGACUGCUCUAGCUUAGACAGUAGCACCAUUGGACCCCGAGGGGGAGGUGAUGGUGACAGUCAUGCCUCACUGAUUCCUGGACCCCGCAGUUGCACUGUCAGCAUCGCAAGUAGCUUUGACAAUUUUAACAUCAACAAUUGCGAUGGUUUUGCUACGACAUCUUCAAUUGCAGAGGCUAUGGUGGCAGACGAUAUUGUUGAACAAACCUCAGUUACUAACAUAUCCCAUCAUGGUAGUACCGUGGACAAGGACAGUUUAUCAGUUUUGGAAAGUGUUGGUAGUAAUGAAGAUGAUUAAUUUGUUACACACUUUAUCUAGCUGAGUGUUUUGUCUAUGCAUGUGCACAAACAAGUGGGGUUUCUUUUGCUCCUUUGUGUUUAGCAUUCUCUCUGUCAAGUCAUAUUGAAAUAUGAUGUUACAGGUAUUUUGCAAAUCCCACCAUUUUGAUAUGCACAAAUGAACUAAAAUUGCUGGUUUUUGUACCGGGAUAUUAUUAAUGUAAAUGAAUUAAUGUUAAUCAACACAUGAAAUGUAAAGUUAAGUAUUUUUUAUAAUUUCCGUAAUUAUUUUGUACAUUCUGACUUUUCAUUUUGCUUUAGUCAUCAUUCAAUAAGAUGUACCAGUAGUAAUAUUUCUGCCAUUAGAAUAAUAUUAAUUAUCAUAGAAGAGGAGUUAUAUUUAUUUGACGAAAAUGAUAAUUUAUCUUAGGUGAGUUUUUUCUUCAAUUAAGUGUACAUAAUUUAAGUUGUCAUUUGUGUUUUCAAAGAAUUUUUUUGUUUCCUUGACUGCACUUUCCUGUUGCAUUUUUAAUGAGCAAGCGGUUAUUGUUUCUUGAUGGUUUUUUUUCUAACAAACAUUUACAAAUUGCAUUGUGUUAAUUAAUUUGCAUACAGGUUGAAAACUUUGGAAGCUUUAUCAAUUGUAAUGUGGCAUGCAUGGACAUAAUAAAUGCUAUAACUUUUUGUUUAUUGUGGGAUUGAGAAGAAUGAUUAUGGUUUUAAACUAUCGAUGGUAAUUGUGUUGUAUAAUUAGGUUUAUAUAUAUCCAUGACUGCCCUGAUUCAUGAGGAAGUCAGGCAGGUGCUGAGAGCACAUUUGAAUUUACAAUCUUCAAUGUUCCUUGGAUGAACUUUUAUCUUGUUCUCAAUCUCAUUAAUAAUAGAUUAAGCUAUUUACAACAAAGGAGUUUUUGAAGACCUUUAGUAUGGAUUCAUUUGUACCAUAUAUACAUGUAUACAGGGUCCGAAAUUGCGCCUUCUCGGUCGCCAAUGCGAUCAAAAUUCAGUUCUGGCGACCAGAAUUUCAUGGCCGGUCGCCAGCUGGCGACUUGUAAAGGUGGUUGUUAUUGUAGACUUUCACGUUCGGAGAAAAUGAUUAGGAAUUGAAACCUCGAAGCUAUUUGCCAACAGGGGCGUACUUUUUGUCCUGCUGAUAUUUUUUUAAUUUAAAAGUGAAACGAAUCUUCCUGUAAAUAUACCUCCACAACAGCUACCAUCAAUACGAGUUGAACAUUUCCAAGCCGCCAAGGGGGAUUUUUUGGCGACCAUAAUUUGCCCUCUGGCGACCAAAAAUUUAUACUUGCUCACCAGUUGGGGCCCAUAUUAAAAAGUUAAUUUCGGACCCUGGUAUAGCCUUCACAUUUGCCCCUGGAAUUUUUUAUUGUUUUUGAGUUUUAUUUUUUUCUUAAUAAGUAAAUAAAUUGCAACAGGCAAAUGCGAUGGCUAGACACGUAGGUGUAUGCUGCAAAUGAAUACCCACCCACAUUAGGAUAAUUGGUCAUUUGGUAAUAUCCAGCCUGUCUGGAUAUUUGUUGAAAGACUGCCUCAUGUUUCAUGUAUUUACUAUCAAUAAAAGGUUUAUGGAAAAAGAAAGGAAAUCACCUAAGUGCCACAAAAAUAAUCACGUUUUGUGGAAAAUUUCUUUUGCUAAGUGUUUUAACUAGUAUCCAGACAGCUUACAGCCGAAUUAAUUACAAAAGCAAAGGAUGUGGCUUUAAGCUACCCACUUUGUGUUUGACAUUGGUUUUAAAACUUCAUGACUUGAAAAAUCUUGUGGAGUUACCAGAUUAUAUUGUUACAGUUUACUUGGAUAUCAGGAGAUUUAAUAGUCUUGCAAUCAAAUUUCCAUUAGCUAAACUUAUGGUUUCUCAUGUAUAUAGAAUCCUACUGUAAUAUACAAUCUUUUCAAUUGUCUGUAGUUAUUGAUAACAAGAACUUAUUCCUGCAGUAAAAGCAUAUUAGUCUGUACAUACACUGUAGAUAGUCAUUCUUCCUCGCAUCUAUAUUAAAAGGUAAAAUAAUUUUUUCUUUGAAGUAAAAUAAAAU